ACAUAUUAUGGGUAAUAUAAACUCACUUUUCACAACGAAUCCGUCGGAAAUUCUGCCCGUGGAGGUAUAUCUCAACGAUUUGUCAUGUGAUGCAGUCGAAAAUCUUGGGAGCACCCGUUUCAUGAAAGUCGCUCGAGGAAGAACGCAUGAAGGCGUCUUUGUGUAUAAAGUAUUCGUUAGACAAGAUUUGGCGUCACUGGACCCGUUUCCACAGCGAAUUAUCGAUAUUCGGAAAGCGCUCAUGAAAAGUCCGAAUUGUUGUCCUAUCAAAAAGGUUCUUGUAAAACAAAAGUAUGCUGUAAUGGUCAGAGCUUUUCAAAAGCACACGCUCUUCGAUCGAUUGAGCACGAGGCCGUUCGUAGUGGAGGCAGAGAAAAUGUGGUACAUCUUCCUGCUCUUCAAGGCGCUGUCUCAAUGUGAAACCGCAGGAGUUUGCCACGGAGAUCUCAAAUCACAGAACGUGCUCAUCUCCUCCACAAACUGGCUACAAAUCACCGAUUUUGCGCCAUUCAAGCCAUGUUUUCUCACUCACGACAACCCAUCUUCAUUCACAUUUUUCUUCGACACGAGUCGUCGGCAGAGUUGCUAUAUUGCACCAGAACGAUUCAUUUCUGCUACGGAAUACGAUGAAAAACUUAGGGAUGGACAGGAUGAAUGGCUUUUCGGGUCGUUAACUCCGAAAAUGGACAUGUUCUCGGCUGGUUGCAUCGUCUUUGAGCUUCUCUGUGAUCGACCUCCAUUCACUUACAGCUCACUUUGUGAAUAUCGAUCUAUGAAUGAUGCUGAUGCCGGGAAUAUGCUUUUACGACUAAUUCAAGACGUUCCUGCUCCCUACCGCCCACUCCUCCGGCUUCUUCUCAAUCGAGACCCGUCAUUCCGUAUCUCAGCGAACGCAGUUCUCACCGGAGCCGCUCUCAAAUUCCCUCACAUCCUCGAGUCGUUCCUUUUCAAAUAUCUCGACCGGUUCCGACCGCUUUAUGGUACAUCAACGUCGUCCGAUCCGUCGACUGAUGAUUUCAGUCAGGCUUUAGAGUUUUCGUAUUUGGAGCCAGAUGAUGUGAUUACGAAGCUGAAACGGGAGAAGCAGUUGUGGUGGGCACGGCUAUCAGAGAAUGAUGAAUCGAAAUCAUUUGCAUUCCUCUUUGUAUCAUUGAUUACAGCAAAUCUGAGAGCUCUGAGAACAAUUCAGGGAAAAACUGAUGCCAUUCGAAUGCUCGUCGAACUAUCAACAAUAUCAGAUUCCAGCGUGGCCAUCGACAGGAUUCUUCCAUACUUUGUUCAUCUUUGGAUGGAUCCGGAAACUCAAGUUCGAGCGACAGCAGUCACAGCUGUUGCAGAACUUUUGGCUCCGAUUCAACCGAAAACUUAUGAGGAAUCACUGGUUUUUGUCGACUAUCUCUUCCCCCAUCUAAACUCAAUGUCCAACGAUUCGAUUGAUUCUCCCCAACACGUGCUCUUCGCAAUCGCAACAUCUCUCGGACAAUUUGCUGAUACUGCCUAUCGAUUCUACAUGGCUGGGCGAGAAAUCCGCCAAGCGACGAUGUAUGAUGACGAGGUCUCCACUGCCGGAGAGCAGCAGCAAAAUGAUGACGCCGGGGCGUUGCUCCACGGAGUUUCUGCAAUGUUCUCCGCGUUGUGUAGCAAGGAACCAAUGGUGAAGCGGUGUCUUGUGGAGAGCAAGUCGCUCAUAUUGCUCUAUCAUUUCUUUAUUAAAAUAGGAAACGACGAUACCCUGCUUCGAUUCCUGUGCACAUUUUUGAACGCGAAAACUGAAUGGCGGUUACGAGCAGCGUUCUUCGAUUCUCUUCCAGUUUGUGUUCAGAAGCGAAGUGAAGGAAUGGUGCCACUUCUGCAAUUGGGCCUUCAAGACGGCGAAGAGCACGUUGUAGUCCGUGCUUUAGGAUGUAUUCAUAUUUUGAUUAAAAACGAGAAUUUGGAUAAAAUGUCCGUGAAAAAGUUGUUAGAUGAUGUUCUGCCGUUUUUAGUUCAUCCAAAUGACUGGAUUCGCUCCACCGUUUGUGACAUUUUGCUAGCAAUCGAUUGUCAAUGGCAUAAUGCUGAAGUUCAUGUUAAGCUGAUUCCACUUGUGAGCCCAUUCGUUGAGGAAUCGAAGAGAGGAGUGCUUACCCUGAAGAGCAAGCCGGUUCUGAUGAGCCAGCUCGUCGACCCGAUCCCACGGACCACGUUCAAUCAGAUUAUAGAUCAAAGUUUGGAGAAUACCAAGCAAAUAACUAUGCUUUUAGAAAUCCAUUUCCAAACCGGCAAACCAUUCGAAGCGGGGGCUGGAUGGUUUAACACGAUUUUUCCGAAAAUCAAAACUGAAACGAAAGCGGGAGUUGUAGAGCAUAAUGAUUUGAAAGCUGCGUUAGAAGCCAGAAAACGGCUUACUGCGUCGGUUUAUUCGUUUAGGAAACUUUUUGAACGGAUGGCAGAGACAAGAAAUACCGCCGGAAUGGAAAUCUACUUGACUCGCCAACUCGGAACAAUUGAUCUCUCUUCAAUUGCUCACAGUCGAGUACGACGGAAAGAGUUCACCUAUGGAGGAGACGAAAGUGCGAUGAGCUCCAACUCCAAGCAUCUCACCGCUAUCAACAUUCCGAACCAUUCAACAGAACGACGUGACACUCUUUUGCUUGCUGGUGAAGUGGUCAUUGAAGAAGAACGAACUGUCACCAAUACACCGGCUCCUUAUUCUCCUGUCAAGAACACCACAUUCGAUAAUCAAGUGAACGAAAUGUUGGCUCAUCUCAACGAAUUGCACAUGAGAAAUGUGAAUUGUCGACCGAAACGUCCAUUGGCAGCCAGUGCAAGCCAUCCUGUGCUGAGUGCAUCGCCGUCUGCUGGCUCACUUGGCUCUUCGUCUAAUAAUAAUGUUAAAGGAAUAAUUAUUACGCAUCUUCACGAGCAUUCGGGAAAGAUCACAAAAUUGUGCGCCAACCGAGAAUCCGAUCUCUUUCUUAGUGGAUCUACGGAUGGGACUGUGAAAGUGUGGAAGACACGAUCAGUCCUCGGAGAAGGAUACGGGUCGGCGAGAAGUGAGGACACAUGGAUUCCAACCGAAACGAGUCGCGAGAAGGUGAACUCUGUCGGUUGGAACGAUCAAUUCGCAUGCUCAGCUACCAACGACGGUUUCGUCCGAUGGGCUGAUGUUGGACAAGGAUCCGCUCGAGUGGCGACGCAAGUCAGGAUUCCCGAUGCAGAAGGACCACCUGUGUAUCUCCAUUGCAAUGGUCCGAUGGCAAUCGUGAGAACACAUCACGGAGUGCUUUAUGGAAUUGAUUUGAGAGUCGGAGCUUCGGAAGGGCCACUCAAGCGACAUGAUAUCUGGAGAAAGAAGUUCCAAGAAUCUCACGGCCUCGUCACUUCAUCUGCUAUAGAUCCUUGGCAGCAAAGCUGGAUGGUCAUUGGCAAUAAUUCGGGACAGAAGAAUCUAGUUCUCUAUGAUUUACGAUUCAAGGAAGAGGUUCUCCGAUGGGAGUCUCCACAUCAGAAUACCCAGCCGAACAGAGUAUGGGCGAAUCCAGUAUCGCGGCAAGAGUGUCCCGAAGUUUUCGUUGGAUUCUCGAUGCAUGGCGAGAUUAGUACCUAUGAACUAAGUGCUCAACCUCUACGAAAACGAGUUUUCUGGACUGGAGGAGCUCCGAUUUUAAGUUAUAGUGCCGCGUCAAACGAUGCCCGGAAACAAGAUUCCCUUGCCACUCGAUCUCUAUGCGUUUGCGAGAAGACAGGCGUUGUCUACACAGGUGACACACGUGGAGCAAUCCGAAAAUGGAAUCCUACACGAGCUGUCGGCUGUGAAAUCAUCUCCGCCCCGCCGAAAGGACGUACCGCGUAUCGAACGAUCUUUGAGGAAAACGACACAUCAACAGCUCCAUCUGGAGCUUCGACAGAUCCAUUUGUAAUUUAUGAACGCACCGUGUUGGACACAGAAGCCAAGGAGAAUCAGAAAGUUGUUCCGUUAGAUUCAAAGCCAUCCACCUAUCACCGUACCCCGAUCACCGACAUGAUGCUUCUCAACUCUGAACUGCUCGUCUCUUCUGGCUACGAUGGUGUCAUCAAAAUUUGGAAAUAAUUGUAUUCAUUCUUCCUGUAAAUAUCAAUUGUACACUUGUUCCUAGUCUAAUAUGGGUUGAAGUCUAUUUAUAACUUCUUUUGCAAAAUUUUUGUGUACUCUACUUUAUUUUUACUUUACUUUACCAUUUUAUCAGCUCCCUUUUUCAUGAAUUUCUAAACUUU